AUGUUGGGGACUCCCUUCUAUAAAACAAGGUCUGCGCUGGCACAAGCCCAGGCCGGGGCCCGCAGCGCGACGUUCCCACGUGCCGUCGGGCCAAAGUCCCAAGAUCCAAGGCGGGCACAUGGGCGGGGGGGGGAGGGGGGAGAGAAGCCGCAGGGGGUCCGAGAGGGGGGGGACUCGCCCCCCCUCCGCUGGCGGAGAAAGUCAGGAGGGGGCGGAGGGGGGCGGCUCCCUCGCCCCGCCCCCGCCCGGUUCGAGCCAUUGUCUGGCUCCCGAGCGAAGCGCAUUCCAGAGGGACGCAGCGCCGUCGGGCUCCUCCGCGCAUUCCUGCCCCACACAAAGAAGUUCCUCCGCCGCCGCCGCCCGCACAAAGGAGGGCGCCGUCCAGAGAGCGCCGGGCCGGGCAGCGCAGCGCAGCGCCGGGGCAGCGAGUGGAAGCGGCCGGACGCGAGGCGGACCUUCCCGCGGCGCCUCCCCCAGCGCGUGGCCGGGCGAGGCCGGGAUGCCUGGCGGGGGCUUCUGGCGGCGGGACGCGGGGUGGCCGCGGCGCUGAGCAGCCGGCCGGAGCGCGUGGAGCCCGGCGAGCCCAUGGCGGAGCCGGCGCUGCUGCCCCAGGAAGCCGUCGGGCGGCGCCGGCGUCGGGAGCAGCCGCCGAACGGGGCCCCGCCGCCCUACCCGUCGGGGGAGCCCGCCUGCCCGCCGCGCGCCCCGGCCGGUGAGGAGGCCCCGCGCUCCGAGGUGGCGCUGCCCUGCUACAAGCGCUACUCGGCCGAGGGCUUCCCGCGCGGCAAGGCGGCCGGACAAGGGGCCAGUCCGCGGGCCUCGACGUGCUGCGGGCCGGGGAGCGGCUGCGGCGGUCCCCUGGCCAGCCCGCGCGGAAGCCUGUCGGCCUCCGAGGCUCCGCUCAGCCCGCGCUCCAGCUACGCCAGCACGGCCAGCGACGCCAGCAAGCCCUCCAGCCCGCGCGCCAGCCUGGCCGGCUCCUCCGACGGCAGCAAGCCCAGCAGCGCCCGCACCAGCGGCAUCAGCAUGGGCUACGACCAGCGGCACGCCAGCCCGCGCUCCUCUGCCGAGCUGGAGGCCGCCGCCGCCGCCCGGCCCCUGGCGCCGUCGAGCUUGGCCGCCGCCGCCUCCUCCUCCCUGGCCAGCCCGCGCUCCAGCCUCUCCAGCCACAGCUCGCGGAGCUCCCGCGGCUCGAUGGGCGCCUCCCCGGAGCUGCCGGUUCCCUCGCCGCGGGCCUCGCUGCUUCCCGAGGAGGGCCCGCCGGCUGACGCCGAGGCCGCCAGGCUGCGCCUCCCCUGCCAGGUGACGCCGGCCCGGGAGAGCGGGCCCAGCCAGGUGGAGCGGCGGCUGGAGGCGCUGACGCUGGAGCUGGAGAAGGAGCUGGAGCUGCACGUGCGGAAGGAGUACUUCGGUAUUUGUAUCAAGUGUGGAAAGGGGGUAUAUGGGGCCAGCCAAGCUUGCCAGGCCAUGGGGAACCUUUACCAUACCAACUGCUUUACAUGCUGCUCUUGUGGGAGAAGAUUACGAGGGAAAGCCUUCUACAAUGUUAAUGGAAAGGUCUACUGUGAAGAAGACUUCCUAAUCUUAAGACAGCUUUUGAUGCUGUAUGCAGGACCAAAUUAUGGGAGAAGCUGGAAGCCUUGUCAAUCCAUCAAUGAAUUGUAA